GGGCUGGUCUCGUUGUCACAGUUAUGACCACUUCCUGUGUGAGAAUGAAAACACACGCCCAUCCCUCAUUACAGUCCAGACACUGAGCAGAGAGGAUCUCUCCACAGCUCUCGUAUAUCCCCCUCCCCAUGUGCUGACUUCUGGUUUCCUGUGAGCAAAGACCUGUGUGCAGUGAGUGCAGCAAUGGCUGCAGCAAACAGAAAUCCAGUUACUGAGCUAAAGGAGGAACUGACUUGCCCUAUUUGCCUGGAUCACUUUAGUGAACCCGUUUCUAUUGAAUGUGGGCACAGUUUCUGCCGAACCUGCAUUAACCGCUCCUGGAGAGGAAUUCACAGCUACUUCGAAUGUCCCCAGUGUCGAAACGUAUCCAGAUGGAAGUUUUUACGGCCUAAUCGCCUUGUGGAAAAUAUGGUGGAGAUAACUGAACGUCUUGCUGCCUCUAAAAUUUCUCCAGUCAGUAAGAAGCAAUGUGAAAAGCACCAGGAACCAAUGAAACUCUAUUGUCAAGUGGACGGGCGGGAAAUUUGCUUGGUGUGCCGAGAGUCAGUGGAGCAUCGGACCCAUACUGUGAUACCAGUGGAGGAAUCUACGAGAGAAUUUAAGGUUCAGCUCAGAGAUCGCCUUCAAACAUUAAGGAAAGAGGCAGCAACCAUCAUUCAAACAAAGUCUGAGGACAAGCAAAAAGUUGAGAAACUUCAGAAGGAAAUUGAGAAAAAGCGCAGAAUGCUGGCCUCUGAAUUUGAAAUCCUGCGUGAGAUUUUAAAUGAUCGUGAGAGAGAACUCAAAGAUCGUUUUGAAGUGAUUGAGAAACUGAUCAUUCAAAGAACAAAUGAAAAGACCAGUAAGCUGAACGAAAAGCUGUCAUCUCUCCAGAAACUCAUCAUGGAUAUUGAGCAAAAUGUCCUCCCUCCUAGUCAGAUAUAUGAGGAACCAAAAUCUGCAGUGGGCAGACUUUCUCAGAAUCUAAGUGAUCCUCAGCAGAAGCCUUCACAUGGUGGGACAAUGCCUGCAACAUUUGCCCUCAAGAGAUUUACUGUUCCUGUGACCUUGGACCAUAAAACUGCCAAUCCUAAUCUGAUUAUUUCUGGAAAUCGAAAAAUCGUCCGAUAUGAGGAGUAUCCAAAGAAUCUGGUCAAUUAUCCUGAAAGAUUUGACAUGAAACCUUGUGUCUUAGGAAGCACAGGAUACCGAUCAGGGAAACGUUACUGGGAAGUAGAAGUGGGUGGUGGGAUAUAUUGGAGUGUUGGGGUCGCCGCACACUCUGUUUGCAGAAAAGGACCCUUUAAGAUUGAGCCUAGUGGUGGUAUUUGGGCCAUUGGCUUACUUGGGAUGUACACUGACAGAUAUUAUGCUUUCACCAGUCCCGACAUACUCUUGCACCCCAGGGACCGCCCUGUCGUCGUUGGUGUAUUUCUGAACUGCGAUGAGCAGCGCGUUUCCUUUUUCAAUGCCGACAGCUUUGAGCAUCUUCACACAUUCAACGACGUGCAUUCCGCUGAUAAAAUCUUCCCCUUUUUUUGUGUUGGAGCAAUGGGAACAGAACUGCGACUUGAUAUCUGAGUUUUUUUGAGUAGAAUCAUGCAGAUUUAGUCAGAUAUGAAUCAUAGAUUCUUCUUUUUUCAUAAUAUAAAUUUCCACCGAAUUUUGGUAUUUCUUAAUUUUCUUACAUAUCCUGCAAUAUCACGCCACAUAUAUAAUUGCUGCAUAGGCUUGAGUCUGGUAAUUGGCCAUUGUUAGAAAAUGGAGCUAUUGCCAUUUUUAAUAAUGUCACAUGUUCGGGCUGGGCCUGCUUCCUGUAUGUAGGAGGGCAGAUUGGGAAGUUGUAGAUCUACAACAGGAAAUUAUUUAAAAAAUUUCAAAUCAGAGGUGCAAUGUGCUCUGUGCCAGUUGUGGCUCCAGAACCCACCAAAAACCUUCAGACCACAAUGUUUUUCAUAUUCUCAUGUACUGUAUCCUUACUACCAUGUCUUUGUUCUAAUAUAUAAAUAAAGGAUAAAGUGCAGUAACGGAACUAGGUGGGGGUGGGCCAUGCAGCCAGGCCCCCUCCCUCGUCGGUGCGCAUUUUCUUUGUGGCUGCAAACUACUCCAGCCGGCUGCAGCGCAAUCGAUCUGCCGGGGGGGUGCGGGCCCUGUUGCACCCCGUGCCAGUAGUUAUGCCGCUGAUACAGUGGUAUAAACAUACAAGGCAAAUAGUUGGGUGAUCAGGGACCCUGCAGGAGUUUUCCUGGUAUUCUAGUGGGUUAUUCCAAGCAGGGUUGCCAGGUUGGCUGGUUUCUAGCCAAAUUGGGCUACUAAUUUAAAGUCCGGGCAGGUUUUGAAAGUAUAAACUAGCCAAGGUAUGGAUUUGGGCUACUUUUUGGCUGGUUUAUACUUUGGAAACAGCCAAAGCUUUUUCUAGCCCUAAUGUGCCAAACCUGAGUGUUCCAAUUCUUGCAUUUUCCAGUGAUUUUGCUCAAUUUCAGACAAUUUUGGGACAAAAAUCUGCUGGCCACCAAAAUGGCUAGAGGUUGAAUUUUUUACCAAUAUUUAUUGACAUUUUAUAUGUAUUUGGGCCUCAUGGGGCCCUAUACCUCCUGGGCCCCCCUCUGUAGUUAUGCCCCUGGUGAAGGUGGCGAGUAUUUCCCAUUUUGCUUCACGAAAAAAUGUGCAAAUCAGUAAAUAUUGAAAAAGGCGUAUUUUCACAUAUAUUCAUUUAUUUUUUAGACUUUUUUUUAACUGCAAAUGUGUUAUUUUGGGCUACUUUUGAAGUGCCUCUCAGCUAGUUUUGGGCUGGUUUUGAAAAUUACACCUGGCAACCCUGAUUCCAACCCUGUGUCCUUUCUAGUGCAAGUGCUAAAGGUUCUUCUUCCCAUGGGCAUGUCAGUCCUUGUACCUAUCCCACUGCAAAUCAGCCCUAUUGUGUCACACGGUUUAGCACUUUUAAUAAUUUUAAUUGUUUCUCUUUCAUUUAACAGACAUAGAUUAAGGAUACAUGUUUAUCGGUGUUUACAUCACCCUGUACAAAUAUAAUUUUCUUAAAAAAAAAAUGGUAAGAAUAGAAAUCAAUUUUUUCGGAAGGCUGGAGAUUUUUAAGUAUUUCAAAAAGCAAGAAGAAUAUUUACUGCCAUUUUAAUUAGCUUUACUAAAACAUGGAUAUUAUUGUUUGCUUUAUGUCAGGUGGGGAAAAGGAUAUACAGAUGAACUGUUGGGCUAUGACCAUAUUUGGAAAAAGUACAUUUAAUUAAAAUGCUUUUGCAGUUUUUAUUUAAAAAAGACACCAAUUCUGCAGUAUAAGUCUCUGUUAUUCCUUUCUUGCUGGAGAUUAGAAAUGGAUAUAAUAAAAUGUAUUCAUUUCAA